AUGAUACCCCAGGUUGUGAUAGACAAGUUCAACUCUCUACCCAAGAAGGGGAAGCCGCUGGUUCGCACCAACAACGUGCCCGAAUGGACGACUCUAGCAGGACUAGUGCUGACUAGCACCAUGGAUGACUCGUCCACCUGUGUAUGUCUUUGCACAGGUGUCAAGGCCACCCCAGACGAAAAGUUAUCGUGUAGUAAUGGCUUUCUACUGCACGAUAUGCAUGCUGAGAUUCUCGUUUUACGGGCAUUCAACGUGUUUCUAAUUGAGGAGGGCAAGAAGGCCGAAUCUGAGUACGUCGAGACUCUCGAGAGCGGGAAAAGGAGACUGAAGCCACAUUUCAAGGUCAGUUUAUGGAUCAGUGAGCUUCCCUGUGGCGAUUCAAGCAUGGAAUGCAUACAGGACAACGCGGAUGAUGACUGGGGAGCUGCUCCUCAAGACUGUGUGCUUCGUGGAAGAGAAUACUACACCACAACUGGAAGAGUGCGCACCAAACCAGGCAGAAGGGACUCACCUAUGACUCUGUCUAAAAGCUGCAGCGACAAGCUGGCCAUGAAGCAGUAUACUGGGGUGGUAAUGGGAGUGGUAGAGCGUGUUUUCGAGCAGGUGUAUCUCGAUGAAUUGGUGGUUCCAGCUGGUAAUGAUAUUGGAAUCAAAAGAGCGUUCAGAGACAGACUGGAACAGGGCAUAAAGCGGACUUUGGACGGAGAGGAAGUGGAGAGCACAGCGCCAAAGCCUCGGUACUUUGACACAAUCACCACGGAUACUACAUUUGCAUACUCUCAGGAGCCCGGAAGGAAACCCUCGGCCAGUAGUAUCAUCUGGACAAUCAAUACAGGGAAUGAGGUGGUUUUGAAUGGUGUCAAAAUGGGCCAUAAACCGACAAACAUGAAUCCACAAAGCGCAUCAAAGGUAUCCAGACAGGCCAUUUGGAUGGCGACUAAACCGUUGUUGAAAGAUUCGCAGUUCGAUGAUUACUACAGCGCCAAAUGCUGUGUCGGCCGUACAGAGAAAAUCCAGAUGGGCCAUACAGCUCUUCACGCCUGGCAUUGCACUUGCAAAGAUAAUUUUCGCUUGAGUGGUGACAAUGAGAAGGAGACUGGCGAUAUUCAGCCGGGGAUUCUCAACUAA